AACAAAAUAUGUGUAUUUACUUUUAUUAUUAAGUCUUAACGCAAAAUUUGUAAUUUUCGGUACUUGAACUCAAAAAUUUGUAUAAAAGGUGGGAAAACGAACAGUUCGUUUACUCAGGAAUUUGUUAAUUUUUAUUGGGGUGCAUACAUACCUACCUACAAAUUAAAAUUGAAGCGUUAAAGUUAAACAAUCGUUAAUCUGACCCCUCCGCCGAUCUGUCUGCUUUACGUAAUUAAAGGACGUUCCCAAUGUUAUUAUUAAAACAAAAUGAUUAAAAUCCAUACACGUUUACGAUUUUGACCACAUUAAAUAAAAUUUUCAGGAUCUGGAGAUAUGUUUGAAUAAAAAAAAAAUGGAAAAUAAAUUAGCUGUAAAGAAUUGCAGAGAUAUUGGAAUAAUAACAAGGCCGGCCGGAAAUGGAUACUACCUAUCGAUCCUGCCGGUUCUAUGCCACUCGGUGAACGUUUGGGGUCGCGACAAACUUCCCGUCGAUCUGGCCUACAAGCGAUCCACAAUUCUUUGCUUUGGUCUGUUCCUACAAUCGCUGGCAAUAUUCCUCCUACGUGGUCGAACCAGUGCUCGAUCCGCGACCAAGCUGCUAUACUUGACCUGCAACGCGGGCUCAACCGCUUUCCUCUUCUGGGUGUGCCUAAAGGACAAUGUCGCCAUCGGUCUGGCAAGCGCCACGGCGGGAAUCGUGUUGUACGAUUUAGUUUACUUUCGGAUAUUGCGACGAAUGCCCCAAUGCUUUACCCUUGGGGAGGCUUCCAUUAUUUGCCAAGGAUUUGUCGUGUUUCUGUACAAUGCGUUUCUCAAGGUUCCAAGGCUGCUUCUGGAUGGGAAGGCACCGCCGAUGGUGAAUCAGCUUGCACUGAUAAUGCAGAUCAUUGUGCUGGGAGCCUGCGUUGUCAUCACGCUGUGUCAUUUCAUAAAAUUGCUACGCAAAACAUUUCUCUUUUGGUUACUGGCCAUCGCGGUGAUGGGUAGUGACCCUGCCCUAAUAGUUGUGGUGCAAUUUAUCCUGCACGAGCCGCAGCGGAUGCAAAUUGUUUCGCUCUACCUGACGAUGCUCCUACUGACCAGCAUUUUUGUCGUGUGGCAAAUCCGGAAGAGUUCCAGCACGAAUACGACGACGCGAAAGAUUUUUCACCUGCUCAUCGUGCUGGUUUACUUACCAGGACUUUGGUACCAGUGCACGAUACUUUACGUGGGUUCCGGAUUUAUGCUGGCGUUGCUACUGCUGCUGGAGACCUGUCGUCUCGUUAAACUCGCGCCAAUAUACGGAACCCUGGACAGGGCGGUAGCAUGUUUUAUAGACGAGAAAGACGCCGGAGCGGUGGCACUCACCCCGAUCUACCUCCUUGUAGGUUGUUCCAUGCCCCUGUGGAUCCAUCCGGUGCCGUGUGACCUUACCGAUUCCGCGGGGCUCGAUCUGCUCAAACUAAUGGCAGGUGUGUUGUCCGUUGGAAUCGGUGACACGAUGGCCAGUGUUUGCGGGUUCUACCUCGGACGGCAUCGAUGGCCCGGCUCGGUUAAAUCGGUGGAAGGAACGCUGGGCUGCAUGCUUGGCCAGGUGGCCACGAUUUACGCGCUGUUUUAUUUUCGAUAUGUUCAGUUGAAUACGCUGAAGGCAGCGACUGCCGGAGUUGCGAUUAUCAUUAACAGUUUGAUUGAGGCUAGAACCGAUCAGGUGGACAAUUUGGUUAUACCCUUUGUUACGUAUAUUAUCCUGGGAACGGCAUAGCCUUAGAUUGUUGCUUCAUUGUUUACCAAAUAGAAAUAAAAGUCUGAUUGCUUAAGUUAAA